AGGAGGAAGUGGGACGGGGUGAGCGGGCGGCGCUGGAAGGCGCCCGUUAACCCCUCGAGGGCGGCGGCGGCGGGCGCGCGGUCCGCACCGGAGCGCCGCAUCGCGCGAACCUCCCGAACAGGAUGCGUCAGCAGUGCCUCCCCGCUCCCACUGAAGGACAAAAGGAUGCGAGAGCCGUCUGCGCGGCCGCCGCCUGCCACACCGCCAGCCCGGCGAGAGGACACCGUGGGCGCCGCGCGCAGGGGCCCCGCCGCCGCCGCCACUAGCGAGCGGGGAGCAUGUCCCCGGGCCCCGCCGCGCUCCCCGCAGCCGCGACCCCCGCUGCUCACGCCGCCGCCGCAGUCCGCGGGCAGCGCGGCCACUGAAGGCGCCGGGAGCCGCGGCCCCGAACUCGUCCGCUCCGCGCGGAGCCAGGGCCGGAGGCGCGCCCGGGCCCCGGCUGCGGCGGGCGGUGACGCCGGCCCCGCGCCCGCCCCCGGACUCCCCGAAGGGGCCUGCGGAGCGGGCGCGCCGCUCCAGCCCUCGGACCCGGCCCCCCGCCGCCGCCCUUCGGGGCUGGCCGGAUGACCGCCCCCCGGCCGGCGGCCCGCGGGCGGGAGCAGCGGCCCGGGCUGUCGCUUUAACCCGUGAGCGGCGGGGAAGGGGGUGUGUGUCUGGGGAGGCGCCGGAGCCGCGCCGCCGCCUCUUAACUCUCGCGGCCCCGCGAGCCAACGACUGCACCAGCCGCCGGGGCGGCCGCGCGGAGCAGAGCGGGCGGCGGGCAGCGGGGCGGCCUGGGCCGGGCGCCCUCCUCCCGCCGGGGCUGCCCGGGAGCGGGCCGGGGCGCCGGGGGCUCCCUCCGGCGAUGAGGCGGCUUCCCCCCCGGCUGGGGCGAGCCGGUGCCGGGAUCCAAGGACAAAGCCGGGAAGCGCGGUGGCGCCGCUCCUCGGGCUGCGGGGGGAGCAUGCACCUGCAUAGCCCGCCGGGCCUCGGCUCUCCCCGGCGCCUCAACUCCGCGGCUCCGGCAUAGCCGGCUCCUGGAUUACUAGAAGCCAUUUUGUCUCCCCCCUCCCCUGUCUCCCCUGCACCCCGCCCGCCCCCUCUCCUUCCCCCCUUUGUUAAUUACAACUGAGAAGUGAGAAUGGGAUCGCGGCGGCCGGCUCCGGGGGAGACCGAUUAAGGACAGCACGCCAGCUCCUCCCUGCCUUCCUUCCGAGAUGGAAAGAGGCGCUCCUAGCUCACUUAAGCCGGGGUAGGGCUGGUUCUCCUUUCCGAGCCAAAAUCCCGGGCGAUGGUGAAUUAUGAACGUGCCACACCAUGAAGCUCUUGUGGCAGGUGACUGUGCACCACACCUGGAAUGCCGUCCUGCUCCCGGUCGCCUACCUCACAGCGCAAGUGUGGAUUCUGUGCGCAGCCAUCGCUGCCGCCGCCUCCGCUGGGCCCCAGAACUGCCCCUCCGUCUGCUCGUGCAGUAACCAGUUCAGCAAGGUGGUGUGCACCCGCCGGGGGCUCUCCGAGGUCCCCCAGGGGAUCCCCUCCAACACCCGGUACCUCAACCUCAUGGAGAACAACAUCCAGAUGAUCCAGGCCGACACCUUCCGGCACCUCCACCACCUGGAGGUGCUCCAGCUGGGCAGGAACUCCAUCCGGCAGAUCGAGGUGGGGGCCUUCAACGGCCUGGCCAGCCUCAACACCCUGGAGCUGUUCGACAACUGGCUGACGGUCAUCCCCAGCGGGGCCUUCGAGUACCUGUCCAAGCUGCGGGAGCUCUGGCUGCGGAACAACCCCAUAGAGAGCAUCCCCUCUUACGCCUUCAACCGCGUGCCCUCCCUCAUGCGCCUGGACUUGGGGGAGCUCAAGAAGCUGGAGUACAUCUCCGAGGGGGCUUUUGAGGGGCUGUUCAACCUCAAGUACCUGAACCUGGGCAUGUGCAACAUUAAGGAUAUGCCCAACCUCAGCCCCCUGGUAGGGCUGGAGGAGCUGGAGAUGUCAGGGAACCACUUCCCCGAGAUCAGGCCUGGCUCCUUCCAUGGCCUGAGCUCCCUCAAGAAGCUCUGGGUCAUGAACUCGCAGGUCAGCCUGAUUGAGCGGAACGCUUUUGACGGGCUGGCCUCUCUUGUGGAACUCAACUUGGCCCACAACAACCUCUCCUCUCUGCCCCAUGACCUCUUCACGCCCCUGAGGUACCUGGUGGAGCUGCACCUGCACCACAACCCCUGGAACUGCGACUGUGACAUUCUGUGGCUCGCGUGGUGGCUUCGGGAGUACAUACCCACCAACUCCACCUGCUGUGGCCGCUGUCACGCGCCCCUGCACAUGCGGGGCCGCUACCUGGUGGAGGUGGACCAGGCCUCCUUUCAGUGCUCGGCCCCCUUCAUCAUGGACGCCCCGCGGGACCUCAAUAUCUCCGAGGGCCGGAUGGCGGAACUCAAGUGUCGGACUCCCCCCAUGUCCUCCGUGAAGUGGCUGCUGCCCAACGGGACAGUGCUCAGCCACGCCUCACGCCACCCCCGGAUCUCCGUCCUCAGCGACGGCACCUUGAACUUCUCCCACGUGCUGCUCUCAGACACGGGGGUGUACACGUGCAUGGUGACCAACGUGGCAGGCAACUCCAACGCCUCGGCCUACCUCAACGUGAGCACGGCCGAGCUCAACACCUCCAACUACAGCUUCUUCACCACGGUCACGGUGGAGACCACCGAGAUAUCGCCCGAGGAUACGACGCGCAAAUACAAGCUCGCCCCUACCACGUCCACUGGCUACCAGCCGGCAUACACCACCUCGACCACGGUGCUCAUCCAGACCACCCGUGUGCCCAAGCAGGUGGCAGUGCCCGCGACGGACACCAACGACAAGAUGCAGACCAGCCUGGACGAGGUCAUGAAGACCACCAAGAUCAUCAUCGGCUGCUUCGUGGCGGUGACUCUGCUGGCUGCCGCCAUGCUGAUCGUCUUCUACAAGCUCCGCAAGCGGCACCAGCAGAGGAGUACGGUCACCGCCGCCCGGACAGUUGAGAUUAUCCAAGUGGAUGAGGACAUCCCAGCGGCGGCAUCCUCGGCGGCAGCAGCAGCUCCAUCCGGUGUAUCAGGUGAGGGGGCAGUGGUGCUGCCCACAAUUCAUGACCAUAUUAACUACAACACCUACAAACCAGCACACGGGGCCCACUGGACAGAAAACAGCCUGGGGAACUCUCUGCACCCCACGGUCACCACUAUCUCUGAACCUUAUAUAAUUCAGACCCACACCAAGGACAAGGUACAGGAAACUCAAAUAUGACCCUCCUCUCCCCCCCAAACUCACAAAAUGCAAUAGAAUGCACACACACACACAAAAAAGACAGCAACUUUUGUACAGAGCGGGGAGAGACUUUUUCUUGUAUAUGCUUAUAUAUUAAAUCUAUGGGCUGGUCAAAGAAAAGAUUAUAUUAAAAUUUAAAGACAAAAAAAUCCAAACAAAACUAUUUUCUAACUUGUAAGUUCUAUUUAAACAGGGAGUGGGGUUCUUGGGAAUGCCGUGGGGGGAGGGGGGGAGGGGGUAGAAGCCACAGGUCAGCUUGCUAUGCUGCCAGAAGGCGUUUCUGGUAUAAGGUUGAACGUGCUAAGCUAAAACAAAGUAAGACAUCAAACAGAACAUCCCUAAAGAGGCAGGGUGUGGGCUGCGGAAGGGUGGGGAGGUAGACUGAAUCUGUCAUUUUUUUUAGAAGAUGCUUCAAAUGAUACAGGAAUAUCCAUUUCUUACAGACACCUUUCUUACACUGAGAGCUGUCUUUGCAGAUUUAUCUUAUUUUAAAAAUACAAAAAGGCACCAAGAAUUUGUACUGUGCUAAAAUGUUGAGAGGCAAUACUUUUUUUUUUUUUUUUCUUCAAAGGCCAAGGGGAAGAUAGAUCUGUAAAUGUAUGUUAAACAGGAAAACCACACACAUUCAAAUGAAUCCUUAAAGGGGCUGAGUCUUUAUGUCUGUCCAUGUGGGCGAGUCUUCUUGGUUUGUGCACUGGGACACGCGUGUGCCCUGCCUGAGAGCGCUUCGCUUCGGAAAGGAGCAGAGAGGGAAGGGAGCUGGCGUAGCUCUCAUGCUUCCACACUGCACCAGAUUCCUGCAGUCAGGCUUAACCCAAUCUGCUCAAGGCAAGUGUCUAUUCAGGGUUUCCCAGGAGAAGGAGGAGGCCCCCGAAGUGGGUGCGGCGACAGCGGGGGAGGGAAGGGAGAGCCAUGCAGAGAGAAUGUACUCGCAGGAGGCCGUCAAUUAGCAUCGUGCCGUGUCCACCUGUUGUUCCCGUAUCUGACAAAUGAUUGUAGACAAUGAUGGCAUUUGAUGAUUUUUUGAAAAUGGUUUUGUUUUAUGGCGGAGGGGGAGGAGGCUGGGAGUGGGGCGCUUGGGGGAGUGGAAGCUUUUCUCAUGCUUGUGAUUCGGUGACUAUUCUAAAUGCUGAUUCAUUAGGGGUUAUUACAGCUGAUGUCAACUAGUUGUCGUGAUGGGGUGGGGGCAGAAUACAAGUAGAGGAGAAAAAGGAGAGAGAACAAGGGCACAGGCUCAUUUAAAGUAAAAUGAAGCCUUUCCCAAAAAGAUGUGAAAUCCACAG